AAGAGAAACUCGAGAUUUUCCAACAACCACAACCCACAACGCAUAAACCAAACAAGAGAUUGAAAAUUUCUGGAGCAAGAGAGAGAGAGAUGGAGGUGAAGAAAGCAGGGGCGUCGUUGGAUUCGGUGAUCUCAGGGUUCAACCGUCGGAUCGCGGAGCUUCAAGACCUCGUUAUUGCGCGAAACAUGUAUCCGGCGAGCAGCGUCACCGAUUUGUCGGCCGUUGACGCCGCAGUGAAGGCCAUGGAGCUUCAGGUUCAGGCCAUCAAGGACCGCCUACGCGACGAAACCCUAGCCAUCCCCAAAGCCAAAAAACUCAUCGAUGCGGCGGUGAAGCAGCAAAAGAAAUUGCAGAACCUGUCAAUUUUUGUGCCCUCACAUAUUCCUGAAAGAAUGUCUAUGUUGGGUUUGGAUACUAAUGAAUUGAACUUUACUUGUUGUGAAUCGAAGUGA